GACUCUGUGGACUCUGAUGUUUCCUGGACUCGAACAAAGCCAUCAGCAAAGAUCCUUGGCGCCAAUGCUUCCGUACCGGUGCCACGGGGAGGAAGCAACCAGACGGCGGAUUUCUUUCCCUCUGACGUCGACGAUUCCCGCUUCCAAGUCAUGAUUGAAGUUUGUAUCUUUGAUCAAAGCUCCAACUCUAAUCAAGUAUCUUCAGACAAAUCAGAGCCAGUCAUUGUUAUGGCUCAAUCUCGAUUGAAGCCGAUCUUCAACCAACGCUCGGAGUGCAAUGCACCCAAAAGACACGCAAAAAGCGCAAUUGCCACGUCUCGUCUUGAGGACGAAUCAGAGCCAGUCAACGUUAUCCUUGAAUCCCGAUUGAAGCGGAUCUUCAACUUUUCUUCCAAAGACACGAAAGACAUGCAACUGCCACGAAGUACUGUACUAGUAGUGUCUCUCCCUCUCGAGCUUUUGAAGACACCGAGCCAGGAAACGAAAAGCUUCACUCUUCACUCACAAUUUGUCCUUUUACAAAGUCAAACAUCAAUCAAACAAUCACAAUGAAGACCGCCAUCAUCGCAUCCCUUAUCGCCUCUGCUGCUGCCUUUGCUCCUGCCAAGGAUGCUUCCCGCAGCACUGCCUUGAACAUGGCCUUCGAAGACGAGCUCGGUGCCCAAGCUCCUCUUGGAUUCUUUGAUCCCCUUGGUAUGGUUGCCGAUGGAGACCAAGAAAAGUUCGACCGCCUCCGUUAUGUUGAGAUCAAGCACGGACGCAUCUGUAUGCUUGGAGUUGUUGGAUACCUCCUCAACGCCGCCGGAGUCUACCUUCCCGGUGACAUUGACUACUCUGGAACCAAGUUCUCCGACCUCGGAUACGGAUGGGAUGCUUCCUUCGCCGUCCCCGUUGCCGGUGCCCUCCAAGUCUUGGCCUUUGUUGGUCUUUUGGAGCUUGCUGUCAUGAAGGACAUUGAAGGAACCGGAAACGAACACGUUGGUGACUUCCGUAACGGAGCCCUUGACUUCGGAUGGGACUCUUUCGAUGAGGAGACCAAGCUCACCAAGCGUGCCCUUGAAAUCAACCAAGGACGUGCCGCCCAGAUGGGUCUUUUGGGACUCAUGGUCCACGACAAGCUUGGAAACGUUGAGAACUUCUUCCCCAACUAAGAAGCAACUACUGCCUUGAGUGCCGCAACUCUUGCGACAACACCCAAUCCGCUACUAUUACCUGCUGCAAAGACAAGCCCCUUGGCUGCUAGUCAGUCACUGAAUCUACUAUAUGAUUAAUAAUAAAGUAAAUGUGGUUUGUUCUCUGCAACUGAUGCCUUCUCUAGAAUAGUGCAAUGCUAAAAAGUACUUUAGCUAGCUAGACUUUGAUGG